UCGACGCGAAGGCACCGCCAAAGCGCUUGCUACAAGCAGCAAAUACGUGAUUGAGCGUUCGCAUCAAUGACCAGUUGGUCCGAUGUCGUCGCGCGGCGACCAAGGUCGGGUCGGGCGCGGCCAGAUACCACGCCGCUGGCACCAGCUCGCAAUCGCGCCCCGGCGCCCGCGCGGCCUAGUCCGCCAAGCGCGGCUGGCGAACGCGUCGCACCACGCACGUGGCCGCCGCCGCCACCGCCGCCACACCCAUCUUUCGACCGGCCACGCCCUCUCGCGUCGCCGCCGCGGUUGCCAGAGACGCGACGAACAGCAGCGGAGACCGUUCGGCACCCCUUGAGCGAAGCAGAACAGCUGUCGCUCGCGUUCCGGCUAAGCCUGGACGAUGCAGGUGGUGCACGGUUAAAUUGCGCGAUGGACGCCCUCGCCGCCGCCUUUGCACGGUGCGCGACCUUCACCGUUAGAAGCGACGAUGGCGAAGCUGGCCCGGUUCCGCGGUCCUUGCAGUGCUUCGCUAGGGCGGUGAUCGCGCGGCGCCGCGGCGACGAUGUCGGUGCCGCCGCCGCCGUGGACGACCUCCGCGUGGCAUUGGGCGACGUCGACGCGCUCCGCGGGCCGUUGGGUGACGACGCCAUUCGCGCUAUCGUGUGCGACCUGGCGGACCCUCAGAAGAUCGUCGAUAUCCAGGAAGUUCUUGAUCUUAUUUGUGACAUCGGCCUCGCGACGCCGGGGCCUUACGGCAAACCCUGGCGGGAAAUCUGCGUCGUGUGGUCGGCGUCCUGCCGGAAAUGCGCCUUAUCCAAGAGAAGGAACCCGCCGGUCCGGCGUCUACCGGGUCAUGUGCGGGUGUCCGAGCUCUUAGCACUUUUCGCGGCGAGGAACUGCGACGCGACGUGCUCGGCGUUCCGGAACGCCGGAUCCUUCAUGGCGGCGCCGGAGCUCAAAUGCGACCGUUGCCGGCUGCCGCCGCCUUCGCUCUGGUACGAUUUGGAUUUUAAGCUCAAGGCGUGCCCGCUCCUCUCGGUGUUGAGGCUGACGUACGACGCAAAUAGAAGUGGGAUCAUCCGCGACGCCAAGGAAAUUAGGAGAGUCAUGGGCAUGGUCUGGCGCGGCGGCGCGCCGAUUAAUGCGAAGUCGCUCUACAGCAGCCGGCCGCGGUCGGGGGGCGAGAGUCUCGGCAAAGGCAAGAAGCACCUCGUCGCCGUCGUGGUGUACGAGAAGGGCUUGCACUUCGCGGCGUUCGUGCGCGCGCGGGACGGCUCGGACUCGUGGACGCAGCACGACGGCCGCGUGGCCACCGACUUCGGUUCGUUCGCCGCCGUCACCGAAAGGUGCGUCGAGAGAGAGUGGCUGCCCUAUGUCCUCUUCUACGACAAGCUCUUGUUUAGUUGAAUACUGUAAGC